CACUUGGCUCGUGUUUUUGUCCGAUGCUAGCUCGCCUGAAUAGCAAGCGUUCGCUCCUAGAGAAGCUUGCCGUGUAAUUUAGAACAUAUUUCAACCAACCAAAGCGUCUAAAGAAUGAGAAGAGUGACUUUAUUUGUUAACGGGACAUCUAAAAAUGGCAAGGUUGUAGCAGUUUAUGGGACCUUGUCUGACUUACUGUCAGUAGCAAGUAAUAAAUUAGGAAUCAGAGCUUCCUGUUUAUACAAUGGAAGAGGUGGUCUCAUAGAUGAUAUCGCCCUUAUUAGAGAUGAUGAUGUGCUGUAUGUGUCAGAAGGAGAUCCAUUUCUUGAGCCCCAGAAUGAAGUCAAAGUUCCUACGGGUCAGCAUGGAGCACACACUGAUUGGUUGACCCUUAAUAUCGGUGGGCGUCUCUUCACCACCACCAGAAGCACUUUGGUUAGUAAGGAGCCAGAGAGUAUGCUUGCUCACAUGUUUCGAGAAAAAGAUGUGUGGGGGAACAAGCAAGAUGAGCAUGGGGCUUACCUAAUUGACCGUAGCCCUGAAUACUUUGAGCCUAUUCUCAACUAUUUGAGACAUGGUCAGCUCAUUAUUAAUGAUGGCAUCAAUAUCCGAGGUGUUCUCGAGGAGGCACGGUUCUUUGGAAUUGAGCAGCUUGCUGAACAGUUAGAAGUAGCAAUCAAGAACUCGCAGCCACCUCAGGACCAUUCUCCGAUUUCCCGCAAAGAGUUUGUUCGUUUUCUGCUGGCAACGCCAACCAAGUCAGAGCUCCGUUGCCAGGGUCUUAAUUUUAGCGGGGCUGAUCUAUCCCGCCUUGAUCUGCGCUACAUCAAUUUCAAGAUGGCUAAUCUGAGCCGCUGCAAUCUGACACAUGCCAACCUGUGUUGUUCCAAUCUGGAGCGGGCUGAUCUGUCUGGAGCCAAUCUGGAUGGUGCAAACUUACAAGGGGUGAAGAUGCUUUGUACUAAUGCUGAGGGGGCUUCACUGAAAGGAUGUAACUUUGAAGAUCCAUCUGGGCUGAAAGCCAACCUGGAAGGAGCCAACCUGAAAGGAGUUGAAAUGGAAGGAAGCCAAAUGACAGGCAUCAACCUGCGUGUGGCCACUCUGAAAAAUGCUAAGCUGAAGAACUGCAACCUGCGGGGGGCCACUUUAGCGGGAACAGAUCUUGAGAACUGUGACUUGUCUGGCUGUGAUCUACAAGAAGCUAACCUGAGAGGGUCCAAUGUGAAAGGAGCCAUUUUUGAAGAGAUGCUGACUCCUCUCCACAUGUCACAGAGUGUCAGAUAACUUGACACACAUCAGUCUGGGCCAAAGGUGGUUUUGCUCAAUUCCUGUCGUGGGCCUCCACCUUUUUAUCCCCAGCUGUUGCUCUCUUUGUACCUGAACGCUGCACGGGUACUUUUAUGCACAUCCCUGGCAUUCCACCCACAUCAUGUUAGCUUUAAAUAUCUUGCACUAGAAUUUACCCAGGGUUGUUCAUGUUGUAACGGUAGAAUGUUUGCAUAUGUCACCAAAAAGUAUUGUUCCUACAUGGGAGUGUCUGGAUUCAGUCUCUUUGUCAUGAAGUUUUACGUAGGUUAUAUGCAUUUCAUAUUACUUGACAUAUUACUGGGAGUCAGAACCAGAUCGGCUCUCUGCAGUAAUGUUCACUGAAUGUUGCUGUAGCUGAAAUGGAACAUGAUUUUUGCUGGAAAUGACCAAUUAAAAAGUAAUCAUUGUAAG